AUGAACAAGAGCGCAUACGUCCGUUUCAGUCUUCAACCUUCAUUCUUCUGUCGGUGGAGACCUAUGGGUAAUAUUGAACAACAACGUAGAGGUAUUCAAUGUCAGCUGUUGGUGAAAUCUAUGCUAGCAGGUAUCGGUAAACCAGCAUCCCUGGCAAAUGUAGAACGUCUCGAUCUCAAAAUCGUCGACAAUGACCAGGUCUUAUACAAGAAAGCUCCACGUGAUCCGGGAGCUGGUGAGGAAGAAGACGAAUCGGAUGAUGAUUUAGCAAAGAGCAUCGAAGCUGUUUUAGUGAUGAAAUUAGUAUGUGAUUACGGAAUUACAAAAAGACAUUCUUUAUACCUUCAAACAUCCGAUUUCCCUCGUCCCGAAGUCAACCCAGAUUCUACCCCCUCAGGAUUCACCAUCGACGGAACUGUGAUACAAGAAUGGCUGAAACACUUCGACAUCACUCUCACUUCUGCCUCCACCACGAGCUCGUCGAAUAAUAAUGUGCCUCGUCCGGAACACAUGCUCAAUUGGAUGUUUUCGAAUGAGAGGGUAAAGAUAAGAAGUUCGGAAGGUGUAGGCGGACAGGUUACGACCACAAUAGAUGUUAGUACCCAAGAAUUUGAAGAUUAUGAGGUUGUGGAUGGAAGGGUUGAUUUGACUUUACCCAUGAGGGAAUUUAGGGCCGCAUUCCAACUAGCCGAACAAAUGCACAUCAGCCUAACUGUGUGUUUCUCCGAUGCGGGUCAACCUCUCACCAUCAACAACAUAGAUGAAGACAUUUCAUCCAAAAUCACUAUUUUCUGUGCUAUCGCCACCACCAUCUGUACCGCUUUCGAUGACGACAAUACAACUCCAAACCCCCAUCGUUCACGUCCAUCUACUCGUCGACCAACCUCAACUUCGAAUCCAUCUUCCCAUCAAAAUGGAAAUCCUCGUAAACGUCCUGUAUCUGAUGAUCCCACUCAACAUCAUCCUUCAUCCCGUCGUCUGAGACUUUCGACAUUGCCAAUGGCUUCUACCUCUUCACAACGGGUAAACGAAGAGAGAGGGAGAUUAUUCAUGUCGGGUGGAAGUCAAGAGGUCAAUGGUGGCGAAAAACAGUUCGUUCCCCCUCCAUCUCAAGAAGAAAUAAGGUCGCAAGUGGCUGCUGCGGGUUUUGAGGAUUUAGACGCUGUAGUGAAAGAAAUGGGUGAUGUGGAGGAAGAAGAAGAACUGGAAGAGGACCGACCGCCUGAUGAAGCAAGACCAGAAGAAGAAAGGGAGGUAGAAUAUCCAGGCAUGGGGGAUGGGGUGGAUCUGCAAUUGGUUUGGGACUUGUUCGCGGGGGAUAACCCGAAUGAAUCGAUUCAUGAUGUUGACACGAGGCCAGAGAUGGAUGAAGUGGAAGAGUUGGACGAAGAUGAGAUUGGACAGGGUUUAGGACCGACUCAAGCGCCAUCGAAUAGACCAUUCAGGACUUUGUUCGAUGACGAUUGA